AUGUGGUCUCAGUUAAUCACUGAAGUUCUUUUACGUUCACCACAAUCAUCCGAAGCCAAAGCAGAGAUGAUCGCCGAAUGUCGGUUGAGUUAUAAAGACAAUGAAGCUCAAUUGAAGAACAUUGAAAUAUUUGAGAAGAGUUAUCGAGAAAAUGAAGCAAUCGAAUGGUACACUAAAAAUGGCUUUAUCUUUCAAUUAUUUAAUAAAGCUUUUCGUCGACAAGAUUUCGAAGUGAUUUUCAAAUAUCGUUAUUUUCUUCUUGAUUUAUUCAAAGAAAUACACUCCCUAUACGUUCAUCAGUAUCAAAAUGUAGAACACCAUUUAACCGUUUAUCGUGGACAAAUGAUGUGGAAAAGUGAGCUUAUGAAAAUAAAACAAAAUGUUGGUCAUUUAAUAUCCAUCAAUACGUUUUUCUCAACAUCUAUUUCAUCGAUUGUUGCAGCGAAUUUCUGUGGCGAUGGUGAAUAUGAAUCCGAAGGGAUUGUCUCAGUCAUAUUUGAAAUUAAACUCGAUGGCAAUGCUCCGAGUCGUCCAUUUGCUCAGAUCGAAAAGUCAAGUGUGAAUGAAGACGAACGCGAAGUUCUCUUUUCUAUGGGUACUGUCUUUCAUAUUGAAAAUGUCGAUCUGGAAACAGAUACAAUCUGGUUGGUGAAGUUAACUUGGAAUCAUCAGACACAAGAAAAACUCGAAGAGAUGAAACAGCUCACUGGUCUGCUCGAUUUUUAUACUCGUCAGCGUAUCGGUGAUCGCCCAUCAAUAUUAAUGUUUGGUUACUUUCUUUCUGAAAUGGGUCUUUUACGUCAAGCAUUGCGUUUCUAUACCUAUCUAUGUAAAGCAUUACCCAAAGAUCAUUCAGAUCGAGGAAUCUUGUAUAACAAUCUUGGAGAAGUUUUACGAAAAUUAAACUAUUUCAAUCGAGCACGUUAUCAAUUUGAGAAAGCAUUAGAGUUUUGCACCGAUACUAUGUCAAUUUAUCAUCCGUUCUGGGCUAUCAUACAUAGUAAUAUUGCUCUACUUAAUUUCAGUUGUAGAAAGCCGAAAGAAGCUCUAAAAUGCUAUCGUUCUGCUGCAUUUAUACUUUCUCGAUACACCGCCUACAAUGAUGAGUGCAAAUUAAUCUACAUUGAAGAAGCUUUAGCUAUCAUAUAUCAUGGUAUGGGUGCAGCAUUGAUCUAUCUCGCAGAAUAUCAGAAUGCGAUUGCCUACCAGCAGAAAGCUUUAAAAAUAGAACUACGUAUUUUACCAAAUGACCAUCCAACAUUAAUUGAAUCUUAUUAUGAAUUAGGCAAUUUAUACAUGAAAUCAGAGGAAUAUGUUGAAGCAUUGAAAAAUUUUGAAACUGCUUUGCGAAUAGCCCAAAAGAAUUUACUCGAGAAAGAUCAACGAUAUAUUUGGCUUCAUGUGAAUAUUGCAAUUUUAACCUUUUAUGUCGAGAGAGAUACAUCGAAAACGUUGAAACAUUGUUCUGAUGCUCUAGAAAUUAUCGAACAAACGAAUAUAGCACGGUCGAGCAAUUUGUAUCCUGAUGUGUAUCAGAAAUUAGCGAUUUUAUACUUUAAUCUAAAUCUUCUACCUCUCGCUUUCAGCAUGUGGGAACAGUACAUGCAAACAACCAAGUAUCAAGCAAUAGCCCAGAACAACCAUAUUGAUCUUUCUGAAGUGUGCAGACAAGUCAACAUCAUCAUGUCUUCUGAGACAAAUUCGAAACUUAAUCCAAACUACCUGCUACUCCAUCAAGACAACUCUCAUGAGAUCAUAUCGAUUCCUAAGCUUGAAAGCAUGGGCCUAUGUGAAUUUGCAGAUAAAUGUCGAUCAACAGGAUAUAUUAGCUACGCUAUUCGCUGUUAUCUCUGUUUGUUAGAGCAGCAGCCUGUCACCAAUGAUCCUCAUUUCGAUCAGGUACAUAAAUCUCGUCUUCAUAAUAAUUUAGCGGCAUGUUAUCAGGAUUUAGAUGAUAAUGAAAAAGCUUUGUAUCAUUACCAAUCUGCAUUGGAUAUUUUGACAGUUGAGAAUAAAGAAGGAAGCUUACAAACUGCGAUUAUUCAUUAUAACAUUGCUUUAAUUCAUUUCGAACUGGACGAAUUGAAUCGAGCAGAAGAACAUUUACAUAAAAGUUUAGCUCAAUACAAAAAGCAAUUAAACCAUCAAUCCGAUAUAUUAGAUGUGAAGAUCUAUAUUGCAUUGAUCAAGAUUUACCAACGAUGGAGUAACUGGCACAUGGUGUGUAAUUAUUAUCAAUGCAUCGUCGAUCAAAUGAAAAUCGACAGAGCAGAACCAUCUAUUAUUGAAAAAUAUGAAAAACUUUUACAAAAUGCAAUUGAGAAAAUCAAUGUUGAUUGA